CCCAUUUAUUCACACUAGACUCUUUUCACCUUGAGGGCCCUUCCCAAGAUGUAUCAGGCUGUGGACAAAGUUUACAUUGUCUUCGAGUCUGUAAUUGCAGUGCUUGCUAUUCUGGGCAAUAUCCUGGUCAUUUGGGUGGUGAGGCUAAACCCAGCGUUUCAGAAGACCACCGUCUACUUUGUUAUCUCACUGGCACUAGCCGAUAUUGCUGUUGGGCUCGUUGUGCCAGUGGCCAUCGUGGCAAGCUUAAAAAUCAACAUCGCAUACGACGCUUGCCUUUUCAUGUGCUGUCUACUCAUGAUUUUUACUCAAGCCUCCAUCCUGUCUUUGCUCGCCAUAGCGAUCGACAGAUAUCUGAUGGUGAGGAUGCUUACCAGGUACAGGACAAUAACCAGUCAGAAAACAAUCUGUGUGGCUCUGGCAGCAAUCUGGCUCUUAUCGCUAGUGGUAGGAUUUGUUCCCAUGUUUGGAUGGGCAAAAGACAGACCAAGAAACUCAAGCGAUGUGGCGUGCCAAUUCACUAACAUGAUGCAAAUGCAAUACAUUAUAUAUUUGAGCUUCUUCAGUGGAACCCUUAUCCCACUGAUUGUCAUGUGUGUUCUUUACACAAAGAUCUUCUGCAUCAUCCGCACAAAGUUGAGAUUAUGUUCAAUGAAUGCCAAAGGGCAAGGAAUAUUUUAUAGGCAGGAGUUCCGGAUAGCCAAGUCUUUAACCCUGGUCCUCUUCUUAUUUGUGGUGUGUUGGCUGCCAUUGUGCAUACUGAACUGCAUCACACAUUUCAGCUCCAUUCAAAUCCCGCAAUACGUCAUAUACAUGGGCAUCCUUCUCAGUCACUCCAAUUCAGCCAUGAAUCCAUUUGUCUAUGUUUUCAGGAUAAAGACGUUCCGGGAAACUUGCAUUCAGAUUUUAAGAACCUAUAUGCUGUGCAUGGAUCCAGAACAGUGGACUUGCUAUUCUGACUGUAGUCAUCAAAGUCUCAGACAGGAGACAUGUCCAGCCCUACUCCUUGUGAGCCCGCAUUUCACGAGAAGAAGGGAUUGAACAUGGAAACGUCUGCAGUCACAGCACAUGCUCUGCCAUUGAGCCAGAGUCCCUCCCCACUAUAUCACAGCAAGUGAUCAAUUUGGGCCUGAAUAGGCACAGUAUUUUCAAAGUAUAUUCUGAACCUUAAUUGUCAUGUUGUUGCGGCACCUUAUGAACAAUACUUUUGCCACCUUUCUUAUUUGCCCCCUCUGGAAAGUUAGAGUGCUUAUGAUGCUACAUGGAGAACACAGCAGGAAAUGGAGAUUUGGGGCUGAGAAAGAAGAGGAAGUUUACCACAUCGCAGCUGGGACCUGAUUGUGAGUGGAAUUUAAGACACCAGUGGGUCGCAUUUUCCCUGGAAAAUUCUUUGCGAUAUGCCAGACAAAUACAUAGCAGGAUAUAGUCAGACUCUGUCCCAAGAAGGAAUAAUUCAGUCAGUUAAUUGAAGGGUCAGAAAAUAAUCAAUCCAAAGUCAAUCUUUCAAAUUAAUCUAGACUGAUAUGUUCAACCAGCAAUACAGAAGAGGGGCACAAUGGAUAAAAGAAUAUCCAAAGAAACAAAAGAUUCAUAUGCUUCUAAGGAACCCUUAAUUACAGCCUUUUACAGAAAGCAUACCUAGGGGUGGGGGGUAGGAGGCGGAGAUCCACAUUAUUGCCUAACAUUGUCACUGAAGAUAUUUUAAUUUUAAAAAGACGAGGCUUAUAAAUCAUGUGCAGAAAGAGGCAGAGUACUAGGUCUAAAUACAGCACUCAGCCCAGUUUGCCAUACCCGCAAAACAAAAGUGUUUUGCAGGUUUAUUCGUCUCCUCUCAUCCAAGAUGAACUUGGAAACUUAGACUGACUGCUUAAACUGAUUCUGCUAACUCUUCUCAAUACAUGUAACUGUGCAUGUACACCAUUGACCUCCUAUCACUAUCAUUUUUAAAAGGUUGCAAAUUGCACCCUUAGCAUACUUGAUGUAUGAUUCCAUCAGUACCAGUAGAAUGUAAACAGAAUGCAGUACUUGGGUUGCUAAUAACAAUGUUCUGCCUUGAAGCCUUCUAACAUUAGGCAGAAGCUCUGCUGCGUGAUCUGAUAAAGUUACCAACUGAUAUGGGAGAUACUGCUUCCUUAGACUUUAACAGCAGUUUGAUCUGCUGUGGGCACCAAGUGCAACUUUUCAGAGAUCAACACUUGCUGAUGCCUGCUGUUCGCCAUUAUUAAAGGCAGAGGAGUAGCAUCCAGUAACAAAGCUGGCAGUCCAGAAUCUGUCAACCCACAUAAACUAGCACUACAUAUACAUUUUGACCAAACAAGAAGCCUUUGGAGAUGUGCCGAUAUUGAGACUGUGUGUCAAACUCAGGAGAUUCACACUUACACAUAAUUAAUUUGAUGCAUGCUUAAUCAGCAUUUGCCACAAACCAGUGUUGUACAGAUAGCUGCAAUCGCAACCGAGUGCUGCAUGUUUACCAGGCAUUCCUGUGAGCUUCCAGUUGCCCUCUUUAGCACUAUAGCAUUCAAUCAUGUGAACACAAAAGAUACAUCUGCCUUAGAAAAUACUUUUUUUUUGCUUUACCCCUUGCUCUAAAUAUCUCUUCAUGACCCUACAUGAGCUGCUUUUUAAAAAUGCCUCCAUUUUGAUAACAGCUUUAAGAUUCCAGGAGUCUGGUUUCUAAAUACAUGAACCAGUUGGUAUUAUUUAAGAUACCAUAAACUAAAUGAAAUUCCUUGCCCCCUUUACCUAUCUAGACAGUGCCAUACUAUGGGCCCCAAUGAGCAACACUUUAAAACUCAGCUGAAUAUGUGAACUGACUCAUUUGAAAAGCAUUAUGAAAGUUCUGCUUGUGGAAAUUGGUUCUAAUGGGUCAUUUGUGCAUGCAAGUCACAACCUCAUGCUACAUUUCAUCAAGUGAUGAACAUGCACAUGUAACAAGCCCUUAGGGCAAAUUCACAUGUGUAAUUAAUUACUCCAUGCUGGCACACUGUUCUUAUGGUGGUUGAUUGAUAGUAUAUUCACUAAUAGGCAAAAAAAACCUUGCAGUUUAAGAACUUACCUAUAGCCAACAGAAAUGUCUAUCAAACUUUAAAAAGGGAAAUUGGGCAGCUAUAGUGAAUGCACCAGAGAAGCAGGAGACCUGACCUUCCCUCUAAGAUAUUGUACUGCCCUACACAUUUGUCAUAAUGCAAACACCAUUUCGGUUGGGCUUUUACAGUCCAAUCCACUUACUGUGUAGCUUGGAAGAAUUUGGUAACAUGUGCCUCUGAGCAUAUGGUGAGAGGUGGCAACACCUGCAAUCAGCCCAAAUAACAGAAACAAGACAGUGCUGAUCUUGUUUUAGCAGGGAGGAAGCAACAAUAUUAAGAUAGCUGAUAUUAAUGGUUACUUUAUAUCAUGCUUAGGAUAGGUGAAACUGACCUGGGGUAGGGAUCAGGGAGGGGAGGAGAAGAUUGGAUGGGUGGUCACUGGGUAGAGGGGAAGCCCCUUUCCUUUCCAAAACAUUGUGAAAGUAUAAUUCUUUUUCAGGGUUUCCCCUACCUUUUUAUUCAACAGCAGGCACAUGUAGUCUCCCACCCAAAUUUAAACCAAAGCUGCCCCUGGCCACAUCCACACCAGACCCUUAUUCCACUUUAGACAGUCAUGGCUUCUUCCAAAGAAUCCUGGCAAGUGUAGUUAGUGAAGGGUGCUGAGAGUUGCUAGGAGAUGCCCUGUUCCCCUCAGAGAGCUUCAGAGUGGCUGACUGUUAAACCCCUCUGGCCACUGGAGCUCUGUCAGGGGAAUAGGAGUCUCCUCUCAGUACCUUUCACAAACUACACUUCCCAGGAUUCUUUGGGGAAGCCAUGUCUGUCUAAAGUGAAAUAAAGGUCUGGUGUGAGUGUGGCCCCGAUUAGCCAAGCCUAGCAGCUGUGAGACUGCCUUUCAGAACACUGACAGUUGGUUCUUACUGAGCAUGGGCUUAUCAUUAACUUCAAUGUUAAAUUACUUAAAUUAAUUAAAAAUCAACCAGGCAUUUUUUAAACCUUUAAACUGCAGAAGAUGAAGGUCAGAGUAUGAGGCAAGAUCAGUAAUGGGAUUACAGGUACUCUGUGAAUAUGGCUGAAUCUUAAUUAAUUUCAACAAAUUAUGAGAACUCUGACAGAAAAAUCCAAAAGGGCUCUGAUUUCUCUUCUUUUUUUACACUUUGAACUCUCGAUUCUGUUUUGUGUAUCACCAUGAAAACAUAAGAGUUGUUAAGCAAAUGUUUCUGCAUUCAGGACUAUAAGUUUCGUAAGGUUUUGUUUUGAAAUGAGCUCAUGGGAAGCAUCAGAAUGGCAUGGGGGGUAUUUUCAAUCUAAUAUUGCGGAAUGAGAAAAAUCCAUGCUGGCUAUAGUAUACAGCCACUGUCGUGACUGUGUAACAUAGCAGACAGCAGCCUACAUAUACAAAGCUAAAGAAGUUAGCAUUAGAUUUUAACAUUUUAGAAGUAGGAGUAAUUGAGACAUCUGAAAGGGUUACCCUAAAUUCUUCAGUACCUUCCAUCUGCAAAAAUGAAGGUGCUGUGGCUACAUUUAAUAUUUAAAUGUUGAAAUGCCUAAAUGUUGUUUUUAGACAUUGGUGUUAUCAGUUGUAAUUUUGUUUUUUAUCAUGGCAAAAAUAU